AUGCCAAAUCGCUCGCUCGCACCAUCGUCACCAUCGUUUGAGGUAAUGAUGAAGCCACCGCAGAAGCCGGUGGAAGUGUCCGUACAGCAAACGGUGGGUUGUCCAACGGCCGAGGAGGGCAAUGCAACCACAGGUGCAGCAAACGGUGGCAAUGAGCAACAGCAGCUGGGUGGUAAAUCGGUGGCGACGCCUCCCGGGUCGGCUACGAUGGUAUCGAACGCGUCCACCAUGGUCACUAGCAGCGGUGCAACAAUUCUAAGCGGGUUAGAAAAGUCGGGCGUUACCAUCUCGGCCGAGGCAUCCCGUGCGCUCCAAACUCACGCACUGCAGAUCGCUCAUUCGCAGAUCGUUACGACCAGUCAGAGUCCGGCCACCGUUACUGUGGCCACUUCGCAGCAUCAACAGCAGCAACAGCAUAGCAACAUCAUCCUGGUCCGUGGUUCGCGCUCCGAAAACGGUCAGAUUAUACUGCAAAACACGCACGAACUGUUGAGUUUGCUGAGCGAUGAGGAUAAGCCGAUCUUCCUGCAGCACCAGCGCCUCACAACGACCAGUGCCGGUGCGACCAUCACGAAGGCUCACGCUACCAAAACACUCGCCGAGCCCGGUACCGGUGGGGCUAGUACAAUCCUUUUCCAGCCGGCCAUUAAGAGCGGUACGCUGGAGGGUAUCGGUGGUGUCGGCGGUGGCGGUAGUACGAUUCUGCUGCAAUCGGACGCACUGAAGAAGGGUACCACGCUGGAGGUGGGCACAUCGUCCGGGUCGGGCAGUACCGGUGGGCCGAUCUUUCUGCAGCAACGGUUGAGCAAAAAUGGCACCGAAGGUCCGAUUCUGUUGCGCACGCUUAAGCGACUUGAUAAAUCGCAGUCGAUUCUGGUGAUACGCAAUGCCACCACGGCCGGUACGGUUGCAACGGCCGGCAGUACGAUGGUGGCGGCUUCGGCCGCCGCUUCCGGUGGUAUUUCGGUGUCGACGGCCGGUGGUGCCACGCUGGCCAAAGUGAAGCCGAUUUCGACGCCUACAACGACGGUGGUUACGGUGACGGCUGCUCCGGUCGGUGCUAGCAAUGUUGGCGGUGCUAUCGCACGGCGUGUGCAGGAGGAAGCAGAGGAGAAAAAGGAACCGACCGUGGUGGCGAAGGUAGUCCACAAGACGAACAAUAUGCCGCUGGGAACAGAUGGUGAACCGAUCAAACUUCCGGAUAAUUUGGAGAGUUUACCCCGGGCAGACCAUUUCCCAACCCAACGACACCGGUGGAAUACCAAUGAGGAAAUUGCGGCCAUCCUAAUCAGCUUCGAUAAACAUUCCGAAUGGCAGUCGAAGGAGGUGAAAACGAGACCGAAAAGUGGUUCGAUGCUGUUAUACUCCCGCAAAAAAGUACGCUACCGACGUGAUGGUUACUGCUGGAAAAAGCGUAAAGAUGGCAAAACAACCCGCGAAGACCACAUGAAGCUGAAGGUGCAGGGUACGGAAUGCAUCUACGGUUGCUAUGUCCACUCUGCCAUCCUGCCAACCUUUCACCGGCGCUGCUACUGGCUCCUGCAGAACCCCGACAUCGUGCUCGUACACUACCUGAACGUUCCGUACCCGGACGACAACAAGAUGGCAGUCAUCACGCCGAACCUGGCGCUCUGGGGUGACAAGAAGGAGUGGACGAAGGAGGAGCUGGUAAGCCAGCUGAAGCCAAUGUUUUUCCCCACAGUUUUCAGCGAGGACGAGCCGGACACGGCGAACGAGAUUGAAAUCUCGACGGCCGAAACGGUGGAAGCGAUCGUAAGUCAGCUGAUGGAGAAGCAGCGGAUGGCACGGCAGACCGCAUUGGUGAAGCAGCUCGAGUGUGGCUGCCCGGAUGCGAACUGUGCCGAUGGGAAAUCAUGUUCCCAUCCGAUGCGACGCAUCAGCGCAGCGAAGAGCGUACAGGAGCUGGGCAAACGGACGGAUGGACAUGGUGGUGGUACGGCACCGAACGUGCUGAUCGGUUCUAGGAUGUAUCCCCGAUGGUUGGAUAAUCGAAGGAUGGCGACUGGACGGGUUGAGCAGCAGCAGCAGCAGCAGCAGCAGCAGCAGCAACACCCACAGCACACCAUUCUCGACCCGAAUGGUGCGCGUGCCAUCACACCGAAGACGCUCGAUUCGUCGAUACACUUCCAAGUCAUUCCUACCUCGGCCCAGAGCCUCACCGGUCAGAAUUCAAUUAGGCCCGGCAAUCAGAACCCAUCCGGGCUGGUUUCGCUGAGCAGCAGUAACAGUAGCUCACAAUUAACAAGUGUCAGUAGUCACAUUACAAACGGCAUUGGCGGUGGCUCGCAAGGCAAUCAUCUCGGUGGACAUCGAUCCGCCAUGAUUAUCACAACCAAUCAGCAUCAGCAGCAACAUCACCAACAGCAGCAGCAACAGCAACACCCCCAUCAUCACCCCCAGCAGCAGCAUCCAGGUGUGCAUUCGCACCAUGGACAUCCUCAGCAUGCUCAACAGCAACAUACGCUUACGAUGAACGGUAGCAGUAAUUCGUCCAGCAGCAGCAGCAACAGCACCAACAGCAACAACACCAGUAACACCAGCGGUGGCAAUCAAUUAACCGCGAUUGGCCACUCCAAUCAAGUGACAUCAUCGAAUGGCAGCAGUGCCGGAACUGGCACAGACCGGUCCAGCACUGUGAACGGUGUACCUGCGGGAGCUCGGGAUGCGAACAUCAAUCUAAACGGCAGCAACGAGAAUCAUAUAUCAAUGAUCGGGACCACCGGUCAAACCAAUCGUCCAUCGAAUACGCACGGUGCGAACCAGCGGUCCGGCACGGAUGCAGGCUGCGGUGACUCGAGUGGAGUUGCGAACGGGUCUGGACUGAUGUCGAACGGCAGCACCAAUGGACAGGGCGGUCAGGGUGCGACGGUUCAUCAUAAUCGAAUUACGAUUAAUGGCAACAGUGCAUCGGUUGCGACAUCGACUCCUCCGCUGGUGCUUAGCCUGGGUCAGAAUCUUGGAGCACCCGGUAGUUUGUUGAUACUAAACGGUCAACAGCAGUCGUACGUGUGCCAAUCGCAGCACCAAAAGUCGAACGACAAGGAUGCAGAUGCGACCAUCAAAACGGAAGCUUCUUCCAGCUCGAUCGCGAAGCAAGAAAUGAUGGAUGCAUCAUCGUCACCCGUACCAUCCCUAACGCACCAUCAGACGAGACAGUCAUCACAGCCAGCGAGUAGUUCACCGUCUUCGGCCACAACGGGUGGGGCGUCCUCCGAGAAGCAAUCGUUCGAGAGCAUAUUUGGCUAUCAGGACCACACGCCGAUGGCGAGUCCGGUGCAGAGCAUGGAAAACAGUGGCCCCACACACCAUCACGACAAUCUGCCAUUCUUCAACGAAACGCUCGAUCUGUCGCAGGAGGACAUACAGAAGACGCUUAGCGCCAACAUGCCACUGGGCGGACACGUUCCCGGUCACGACAGCACACCGACCGAUGAUGCAAUGAACGGUGAGAUCAACCCGAUGGACUUCAUCGAGAACUGUGGUGAUGUGAACCAUGGCACGGUGGAUGACGAUGUGUUUGUUAAUCUGGAUGCGUUUGAUAUGCUGGUGGAGUUCCCGGAGCUGGAGCUGGACGCGAAGAAUGAAUUUUUGCGCGAUGGCACCGACGACGGUACGGAGGACACGACCGGUGGAGGAGAUCUCGCGGGCGAUAGUGGUAGCGAGCUCGGGCAGUACAAGCACCACGUACAGAGCGAGCAGCAGCAGCAGCAGCAACCAUCCCAGCCGCUCGCGAACGCGUCCACCAUUACGGACUUUAGUCCGGAAUGGGCAUACCCGGAGGGUGGCAUCAAAGUGCUGGUGACCGGACCGUGGAGUGCCAGCUCCGCCUAUACAGUAUUAUUCGAUUCGUUCCCGGUGCCGACAACGCUCGUGCAGGACGGUGUGCUGCGGUGCUACUGUCCGGCGCACGAGGUGGGCGUCGUGACGCUGCAGGUCGCCUGUGAUGGUUUUGUGAUAUCCAAUGCGGUCAACUUCGAGUACAAAUCUCCGCCAAAGUUCGAGACGAAAUGUGAGGGUAACGGUAACGAUAUGCUGUACAAGUUCAAUCUGCUGAACCGUCUCGAAUCGAUCGACGAGAAGCUCCAGAUAAAGGUCGAACCGGGGGAGUUGCCCGAAGAUACGCUUCUCUUCAAGCAAAACAACUUUGAGGAUCGUCUGGUAAACUAUUGUGAGACGCUGACGGCAAAAAUGUGGCGCUCAGUAACUCCGGGACCGUUCAUUGAUAAGCACCAGGGAAUGACACUGCUCCAUCUGGCAGCGGCACUCGGGUAUGCUAAGUUGGUGCGCACGAUGCUCACCUGGAAGGCGGAAAACUCAAACGUCAUCCUAGAGGCUGAAAUCGAUGCACUCAGCCAAGAUAAGGACGGUUACACGCCUCUGACACUGGCCUGCGCUCGUGGACAUACCGAGACGGCCAUCAUACUGUACAAGUGGAACCAGAACGCGCUGAACGUACGCAACCACGCCCAGAAGAGCCCGGUCGAUGUGGCCUGUGACUAUGGUCACGUUGAGCUGGCGCGGGAACUCGAACGGCAGGAAAAGGAGCGACUCCACAUCCAGCAGCGCACCCCAACGAGUGCUUCCAUUCCGACGCUUGCCUCCAUCUCGUCGUCCACGACGGCUUCUUCCAGCACGAUUUCCGCUUCCUCCGCUUCGCCAAACACAUUGCCAACCAGCUGCUCGAAUCACUCUUCCAGCGCCUCCUCACCGGCGGUCUCACCAGCGCAGACAUCCACCGGACAGGAUGCAGCUGGCACGGGCGGCUCGACGACCGGCCGAUUUUCCGGUACCGAUCUUCUUAGCAAUCUGAACGAAAGCAAUAGUAGCAGUAGUAACAGUAGCAACAGCAGUUCCGCCAGCAUUAGCAGCAGCACCGGUACUGACUGCAAACCGACGGAUGGUAAUAACAACCUGCACGCCAAUGCCGGCGGUGAUAUGCACUCGCUGGCGAACGACGCAUCCGGCACGAUGCACAACUUUCUGAACCUGAAUCAAAUCUUCAGCUAUGGCGAGGGUUUGCAUGGUACGAACAGUGACAGCUGUAGUAACGAUAACUUCGGUCUGGUGGCGGCCUUUAAUCCAUCGCUCUCGCCGACCGCCUUGUCACCGUACAGCGAGAUGAAGGGUUCCUGCUCGUCAACUGGUUCACAGUCGGGGGGAUUACACUAUGGGCUGGAGAAUACCAACUCCAAUCCGAUGCUCUCCAAUGCACUGUCACCGAACUCGGACAGCAAUCGUAGCCACGAUGGUGUGUUCUUACGUCCCGGUGCCGUCUAUUCGAGUCAAAGUCCUCCGGGUGCACGGCUUUCCAAGCGCUCCUCGAUCGACAGUGGCAUCAAUAUGGACAACCGUUCCGGUGGGCUUAGUCGGACGGGCAAAACGUUCCGCGACGCUCAGCGCACAAACCGCAUGGAUCGGAGCAUGUCACUUCCGCUGGCAUCGGGCCAGCCGAGUGGCAAAAACCAACCCGGUACACCUUCCAGCACUGCUGGCGGUGAUCGAGAUGCGGACAGUUUCUCACUGUCGCUAAGCGAGCGCACUACCGAGUCACCGUCGCAGGUGUCGAGCAAUGUGUCGCUGUUGUCACCAUUGCGCAAAAUGGACUUUGCACUGUGUGAAGUAUCGGCCACGGAAAGCAGCCCAAUGUGCGAGGACGCCGACUCACUGCAGGAGGAUGACUGUCACCUGCCGCACCAUCAGCUUCCCGAUAGUAUGGAUAUGGGUCAGGGGGCCAGUGGGAAUGGUGCCGGUGCUGUGACGAACGCCGUAGGGGAUUCCGAUGCGAAGGUACUUACACUAGCCGAGCAAAUCAUCGCCGCCAUGCCAGAGCGUAUUAAGAACGAAUCCGAAGAAACUAUGUACCUUGGCAGUCCGUUGCCAGAUUCUUUGAACGAGGAUACGUCGGGAAUGGGCAUAUUGAAUGAUACCUUUAUGGAGCCGUUGCUCGAUUCGCUUCCUUCGUCGCAGUUUGAUCAGGAGUUUAAUUUUGAGUUCAGCGAUCAUAACUAUCGUUAUCAUGACGUCGGUACACCCUGCUCUAGCCUCAGUCCGGCAUCUUCUGGUCCGCUGCAGUCACCUGCCAGCUAUUCCAUACCGCAAGACCAUCCCGUUGGAUCACCGAGUCCACCACCAACUACGCAAGACUUUACCGAGUUUCUACAGUCCUCGAACAGCACCGUGCGACCGUUUGAAGCCGACUUCUCCAACCUGAAGCUAAACGAUCGCGAGCAGCGUGAACUUUACGAGGCGGCAAAGUGCAUCCAGAAGGCGUACCGGUCCUACAAAGGUCGGAAAAGUCGCAUGGAGGAACAGGACAAGGAACGCACGGCUGCCGUUGUGAUACAGAACUACUAUCGGCGGUACAAGCAGUACGCAUACUACCGCCAGAUGACGCAGGCCGCCCUCGUCAUCCAGAAUGGUUACCGGUCGUACUGUGAGAACAAGCGGUUCAAAAAGUCCCAAAGCACGCAGCAGCAGCAGCUGCCGGUGACGAGCAGCGAGGAAGACAAGGCAUCCGCACAGUGUCUCGAAACGUACUACCAAAACUUCCGCAACGAGCAGAAGCAGCAACAAUCGCCUCAGCAGCAACAGCAGAACAAUCAACCGGGAGGUUCCAUCUCGAAGGAACCAAGUCCGUCGGGUCCCUUAAAACGAACCUAUUCGCAACGAACACAAAAUCAGGCCGCUAGAAAGAUACAGCAGUUUAUGAGACAAUCGAAAAACAAUACAUGGGAUGAGCAAAUGACUAACUUGGCUACAGAGAGAACGAGCCGAAAAAGAGAGGCUGGUCCACCUACGCAGGGUGGAGUACCUCCAAAGCUUGCAGUGUCACGAACACCCCGAGGCACAGCCUACCAACGCUCCAAAGUGAACUGA